AUGUCGACCCUCGACAUCAACAGGGUAGUGUCGUCGUUGCAGCUGUCUAAGAUCAAAGACCGCAAUGAUGCUUUGACAUUACUAGAAGAUAUGACUCUGGCUAAGUUCAGACUUAACUCUAAACAAUUCCGAAUUCUUAUUCGGGGCAUAUUUGACUUGAUAAAGAAAGAGGCCAAAAUCUACUACAACAACAAAUUGGCACCAGUACUGCUUCGAUUGAGUCGGGCCUCCUCUGCUGUAAGAAUCAUAUGUGAACGGGCCAUCAAUGAUAUGUCGUUACAGUUGAAAUUUCGUGGCUACUACGAUUUGGUAGAAGGAAUCAUAGCCAAUUUCGCCGCAGAUAACCAACAACUAGAGCCGUGUUCGUACGAUUUCCUAAGAAUCUUAUCUACUGUGAUUUCCAAGAAUUACUUCAAAGAACACUUGAAUCGUGAUGAAUGGAAACUGAUCUUCAACUUCGUUACCCACUUGAUAGCAGACAUCUUGAGCGAUAUGCAAGGUAUACAAGGCAUAUCGAAUCAUGGAAAAUUGUUACAGGAGCUGUUUUCAGCAUUGGCCAAUCUUCUUCAAUGUGACACGCAUAUGUCUAUUAGCUAUAUGCAUUUGCUAGACCAUACGAUUUACUUUAGACUUCUGAGUCUUUUAGAGAAAGCAGCUAAGACUCUUAAAGAGUCUGUUCUAGCUAUUACCAUUUUCAAGAUUAUCAAUAAACUCAUUAUAGUUCUCGCUACUGAAGACUUUCGCUUUGUAAAUAGACUUAUUCGUUUGGGAACUAACAUAAUGCUGCGCUUCUAUCUGACCCAGUUGGAUAAGCUCAUGAAUGAGUUCUUGGUCUUUCUCAACCUUUCCGCUACUCACAACUAUAUUGAUCUACUGAAGCUUCCCAAGCUCACAGACGAUAAUGGUACUAUGAUAAAAGAGUCUGACGAAGAUGAAGAUGACAUUCUGAUUCGUUCCUUUGUAAGCGAAACUCGCGAUGAACCAAAACGAUUGUUGCCAUUCAGCGGAAAAGUGUCUGCAGAUUCCAACGAGUACUUGGUUCACAGUAUUGGUAACCUUAUAAUCAGCCUUAUAUCACGUCUUCUGAUGUCGGAUUUUCAUCUAGAUGUAGGAUGCAUAGGAAUACUACACACUGAGACACUUCGACGAGACUGGUUCAACUUAAACUCCAUAUAUUUGAAGUCACAAGAUCAUAAACCGUGGCUACUCUGUCUCGGGCUCACCAAGUUGCUUCACUCGUAUUUCUGUUUGAAACAGACCGUAGCCAAAACAUCUAAUAUGUUGGUUUUGUCGACCAUCCUACAACAGCAGCCUAAGAAAAGACAGAAAUGGGAUACCGUAGGAAUUGCUUUGUCCAACUCGCGAAAUUUGUUAGAAUUCUGUAACACAUUGAUUGGCGAACGUCAGGACAUUCGUGAACAGCAGGUUGGUUUGCAGAUCUUGACUUUCUACCUUGAAGCGUUUGAUCUUGAUAAUGAGUUUGAGUCUGAAGAUGCUGAUAGCUCAGAGACACCAGAUGGGACAUUUCAAUCAAUAGAUAAAAGUAUUAACGACACAACUUUUGAUUUCACUUUAGGCGAAUCCAACGACAAUGGAAGUUUCAGGGCUUCAAUUAUCAUGAAAAACAUAUUGUAUUUGUUCAAGUAUUCUGAGUUGAGCUUCUGGCCUCUUCUUGCAAGUAACGGUUUGAUCAAGAUCAAGUCUUUGAAUUGGCAUUCUCGUCAUCAUCAUUACUCUCAACUAUUGUUAAACAUUGCUUUGCCAUUGGUGAAGAAUGAGGAGUUGUUCAAGUACUCCUGCAAUCUCAUAUUCACUUUGGUUUGUAACUCAAAUGAUUUGACCAAGAAACUAGAUGAAUCGCUCACAUCUCAGAUAGACAGUAUCAUAGAUAUGGUAGAGAUAGUAGGUCCAUUCUCGAUUUCUACGGAGAGCUUUCUAUUUUGGUAUUCUAUAGCCAAGAUUGUCAGAGCCAACAAUCUGGCGAAGAAGUUCAUAUUAGGCGAGAGAAUCCAGGACUGGUUGUUAUUGAAAUGGAGCCAUUUCUUCGAUGUAAAACGCAAUGACCUUCAACUGGAAUGUCAGGGUCUUGCUGAAUUCAUAAUGUGGAUCUCUGGUGAGAGCGUUUCAGUCCGCGAGUCCAAGUAUCUACCAGAUAGCUACAAUGGCUCUCUAUACGAGGCGUGUUCAUUUCUGAAUUAUAGUGAAGACUUGAACGAAUUCAUUGCCUUAAAGAAACCUCCUAUUUCAUCUUCGUUACUGUUUGUCAUAGAUGGAAUAAGUCGCAACAACAAUAUUGAACAAUUAAUGCUGAGGAUAUUGGGAACUGUUCACGGAUUUUCUACCUCAACAUUAUUGUUUGAAUGGUACUUUGUGUCUCAAGGAAUUUACAGUCCUCUAAGAGGAAUGCCACGAUUUGACAGUGUAGCGUCUUUAUUUGAAGAGCAAAGUUGUGAAAUAUUGAAGACGAUUGCGGUUCGAAGAAUGACAAUUGAGGAAUUAACGCACUUUUUGCUGUUAUACAAUCAAAUUGAUCUUGAUCACAUCUUCAGUAAUAGAAGUGGAUAUUUAAGAUCUGAGAUGAAGAAGAAGUUCGCUAUAGUAUUCCCUUUUGAUAGACUAUUGAAGACAUUCUCUGAGCAAAUAGUGCUGCAAUUUGGUGAAGAAGUGGUUGUUCAAGAGUCAAGAAGUGUAUUUGACGAGGAAUUUUCGGAUGUUAAUAGAAGUAGUCCAGUACCUUCUCUUGGAUCAUCGGCUCAGGAGUAUUGUGGUUUUCAGUUAGAUUACGAGAAAGUGCCUUGUAUCGAAGUUCUCAAAUUUAUAUUUGUCACACACAAGUAUAUUGAAAAGGACGUGGGAGUCACCUUCACAGUUGUCUGUACCUAUUUUGAUGAUUUGCCGCCAAACCAAUUGGUAUACGCAUUUCACGCUUUGGUUAAAGAGUUUGAAACAAAUUCAUUUGACAUUUUGUCCGUACCUUUAGACCUACUUGGAAGAUUAGUUAGAAUAUUUGGUGAAAAGAUAUUGGUUGAUCAGAACUAUGAGCGAUCAGAAUUGACAUUAACCACUAUUUCACAGUUUUUGAAGAUAGUGUUGCCUAUUGUUAUCAAAGCUACAGAUGAGAACUUCAAGAAGGACUACUAUGACAUGUGUAUGUGGUUAAUACAAUGUGGGACUAAAGAUUUGAUUCUUACCGAGGUUGCAAUGACUAGCUUUUGCGAAUUUAUAAUUCGAUUCGUGGACCUUAAUGACGAGACAUUUAUGACUACCAACCAGCUUACAUCUAUAUUCCUCCUCAAAUUCUCCAAUUGUUCUAAUUCUAACAAAAUAGACCUUGUUCCCCAUUUAGUGAUGCUAUUGAAAUCUUCCACUUCUUUAUCACAAGCAAACUUAUACAGUGAAUUGUUCAUGAAUUUCUCAACUCCAGAGGAGUCAAUUGAAACCUGCGCAACGUACGCGAUGUUCUUUAGUAGCUUGACUCUAAGCUCAUCUCAGGUCAUGCUUUCAUCAUUAUUUAACUUGCUUGAAUGUUCUAGGUUUAAAUUUUUCGUUCCAUACUUGGAACAUGGCUUGAAAAUGAUUUGUGAAUUUAUUGGCAUUGAAAAACCAAGGGUGUUGUUCAAAGCCUACAAACUUGAGCUUCUCUUGUGUUGGUGGAAAUUUGACAGCUUGCACCAGUUUCCGUAUUUCUUAUUCGGCUAUCCUGAUCAAGAAAAGUUCUACUUGGAAAACCACAAAGAGUUGGUUUCCAUAACAAUAAGUACCAAACAAGACCAAGAAAGAUCUUACGAAUCGUUAUGGCUAACAUUAUCGAAACUCAGAAAUACAGACGUGGCAACUCUAGUUUCUGAAAGCUUACCGCUUAUAAUUUCCAUUGCCUAUACAAGAGAAGGGAUAAGAAAUGCUGUUUUCAAUGUCGUCUUGUCCUAUUUAAAAGAUUCUUUCAAACAGGAGUUUAUUGAUAAGCAUAUCCUAAUUGUUUCUGAGAUAAUUAGCCACACUGAUUUAACGAGAGAAGACUUACUAAUUGAUAAAUACAAUUCCAAUAAAGUUGCAAGUACUUUGAUUUCAAAGAAUUCUAAAGUCUUGAAUUUUCCUGGAGUGAUAAUGGUGCCGUUGAAUUCGUCGUUGGAGCUAAUGCAGAAAAUUUCAGAAAAGUAUGGAUCUAAGAAGGAUAGCUUUUGGGAACCGCGACAGAUAUACUUUAUAUUUCGUCGGGUUUCUCUACUUCUUCUUCAUCAAUCGCUUUCCAAUGAGCAGAAAAUUGUAGUAAUUCGAAAACUUAAAUUGAUCUGCAUUCUUGGUAGUGAACAUAUUCAUAAUGUGCAAAUUAUGAGCCUAAUAGUGGACACUUUAAAUCCUUUCGUCUGUGUUCCUGACCUAUUUCCUGAGAUUUGUCGGUUUUACCUCCUCUUAAAAGUUGACAAUUUCCACACGUAUGGUGACAACUCCACCCUUCUUAUUGUCAUUCGUAUGGUUGCUGUUAUGUUAAAUCUGCAAAAUUUACCUCUUGUAGAUAGAGAAUUAAGUUCUCAAUUAAUGAGCUACGCAAGGAGAAUUGGCGAAAAGAGAACGAUUAGACCAAUAUUGAUGGCUGCAAUUGGACAGUUGAAAAGAGAUGCUGCAUCAUUUAAGAAUACUCUUUCUACGUUAACCGUGGAGACUUAUCUCAAUGACACUAAAGAAAUGUCCAUAUUCACUGAUGCUACAUUUAAGUAUAUCUUGAUUUUAAUUUCCUUGACUUUUGAAACAAUCGAUGAAUACAAUGAUAGUGGCAAACUCCAAAAUGUCGCCAAGAUCUUGAUGCAAUGCAAUAGUGGUCAAUUCGCUCUUCAAACUAACAAAUUCAAUAUCUGGAGUGCAAAGUACUUGUCAUCCUAUUAUUUACAUGGUGGAUGGAAUAAGUCGGGGUAUGCGUUUCCUUCAAAUGAAUAUCGCGGGAUUCCAUCAGCAGCAUUCCAAUCAGAAGUCAACAGUUUAAAUCCCUUAGUUAAAGAAGUCAUAGCACACUCUUUAAGUGACGACUUCGAGGUUGCUGCUUGUGCAGAAUCGAUUUUGGGGGUAUUGAUGUACAAAUACGAACGGUCGAAGUCAGAAAUUCUGAAGUUUCUCGAUUUUGAUGAUAUUUACAGACAACUUGAAGGUCAUAUUACACCACUUGAUUUUCACGCAUGCAUCUUGCUCAAUGAUGAAUAUGAGUUAGAUUUUCUUGGAGAUACAUUAAGUUAUGUUAUCAACAAUCUUGACAGUCUUAUCUCCACUUCCAGUUUCGGUAUUUGGUCUACCAGAUUGUUUCUUGCGAUAAAUCAAGAAUUGGCUAGUUCCACCUCAAUUGCUCCGUUGAUUUCAACGUUUGCUGCAAAAGUUAAUUCUUUUUCUGCCAAACAAUUACCUAAUUUGAUAUGUUUUUAUCUUCUUACAAAAGGUAAAGUUGCUAUCAAGAAUAUAAGGAUGUUGUUGUCUCAAUUCUCCAGUAUCAGAACCAAGGAUACAAUGUGUAUUUCAUUCUUUCUAGAUGUCGUCUUGUAUCUACGAAUGGGAGCUCAAAUGGGUCUCGGUCAAUUCGUGGAUGUCACUCGGGACUUAGAUGUGGUAUCAUUUAGUGAAAUGGCAGCAUCAAUUAAUAGAUAUAAAACUUCCAUGAUGCUUCUCGAGGCAUGUUUUUAUGAAGACCCCAAAAGAAGCAUAUUGGUUAGUAAUACUCUAACAAGAAAAGUCUAUGAAUCAAUAGAUGACGAGGAUUUGAUCUUUGGAUUGAAAGAGGAGCCAUCAUUGGAUUUUGUGUUGUCAAUGGUGAAUAGAAAUUCGUCUUCCAUGGAACAAUUGGCAUUCAGCAGUGCCAUUUUUGAUUCGUCGAUUGCGUUAAGCUUUGGAAGUCGACCAACAAAUAUUCUUCAAUCAAUGAAUAGCAGUGGUAUGUUGGGUGUGUCUCGAAUAUUAAGUAAUUCCACCAGCUUAUUUCAACUCCAGGAUCAGGUAUAUGAUUGGGGGUGGAAAUUGAACAGUUGGGACAUCCCGAUACCGAAAGAUGCCAUCACAGAACAGGAAAUUGUCUAUAAAGUCUUGAAACAGGUCCAUGAUUAUCCCUACCGUUCCUUAGAGGUUUGUCAAGAAACACUCGUUGAUGUGCUAUUGAAAAAGGAUAGACUAAUUAAUGAUUCUUUGAGCCUGAAGGACUACAGACUUAACACAAUGGUGUGGAUGAAGUCAUUAGCAACUAUAUCCAGCAUUGAAAGUUUGUUCACGAAAGAUGUUAAGGAUUUAAAUGAAAUUGUGUUUGGCUUCGACAAGGAAACUGAUUGGUUUGAAAAGUCAGAUAGCUCUCUUUCCGAAAGUAUCAUUUUGGCGAGACGAAUUGCAUUUCAAAUAUUGGCAGAUUACCCUGUUGAAGCAAGAAAUAUCUCUCAGGAGAAUGCAUGGCUCGGGGUACUCAACUACUUGGUAAGAUAUAACAAAUUGACAAGUAGUUCCAAGGAAGUACAGAAAAUGAUCAAUGCUAUGAUUUGUGCUGAUUCGGUAGCCAAAACAAAACUUCAAGAAGUGAAAGGUAUCAAGGAGCUUGUUGAGUUCGUCUCUGCGUGUACUCUAUGGUCCAAUGGACAAACUAGUAUUCCUGUCGCCAUGAUCUCUACUGAGUCUAUGAAUAAGGGUAUUGAUUCUCCUCUUACGAACUACAAUCAUUCGGAAACGUAUCUCAAGGCACUCACUGUUCGCUGGUUAUCAGAGUCAAGACAGGCUGCGCCAGACUUCAUUAUGGAAGAGUAUGUAAGGCCAAUCUCUGAAAAAGCUCUUGAAUUGUCGGAUGGCAGCGAGCAAAGAAAGAUAUUCCAAAUGCUAGCAAAAUACUGUGAGAAUCAGUAUAAGUCGAGGAAUUUGAAUGAAGAAAUUUCGAAGUUGGAGAAACAGGUGAUGGAAAAAAAGGUGGAAAUCGAAGAAUUGAAGGCACACUAUGGACGCACAAGUGUUCCAGCUGAAGAGAAGAAAUCAGUUCAAAGAUUCUAUUCGAAAUUGAAAAAUCAGUUGCUGAGUGAGGUAUCUGACUUGGAAAGGGCAAAGCGAAGCAGAGAAGACUUUUCCGAAAGGGCGAUCCAAUACUACUUGGAAAGUAUUGGAUGGGAUAACCAGGAGCCUUUAGAUAAGUUCCUUGCUCUUUGGUUGGAAUUGUCGUUUAAAGAUGAGUUGAAUGAUAAGUUGCGUUUGCAAAUCCUUGGAAUUCCUUCGUACCUCUUGGUUAAUUUGAGCACACAAUUGAUUUCGAGAUUGGCUAAUGAGAGCACAGAGUUCCAGAGAACGUUGUCAGAAAUUGUCCAUAAGAUAUGUACUGCUCAUCCCUACCACACAUUGUAUCAACUUUUCUCCUUGAUGAAUGAGAAACUUACAAGCGAUCUGAAAGAUGCUAUAAUGGGUUCCAAACGUGCGGCAGCCCGCAAAAUCUGGAAUAGACUUCUUUCAGCCGAUACAAUAUUUGUUUCCCAGACUUUGAAACCAAUUGAAUCUUUCUGUUUGGAAGCAUCUAUUCUUUCGGCUCACAAGGUGUCUCGAGGAAAAUCGUUGCACUUGGAAAAGUUGGAUAUUGGGAAUUACUGGCUACAUGGCUUGUCAAGAAUACCACCACCAACAAAGGAUCUCGCAGUAGAUCAGAACAGUAAUUAUAGAGAUGUUCCUGUCCUUGCUAAAAUUGAUGAGAAGGUUUCAAUUGCUGCUUCAGGGUUGAGUUUGCCCAAAAUUGCUACAUUCACCCUUUCAGAUGGUACGACUCAUAGGAUGUUAUUGAAGCAUGGUACAGACGACUUACGCCAAGACUCAAUUAUGGAGCAGGUAUUUGAGAAGGUUAAUCAAAUUUUCAUUAAAGACAAGGAUGCUGCAAAGAGAAAUUUGACAAUCAGAACCUACAAGGCUGUUCCACUUGGCCCAACUGCCGGAAUUAUUGAGUUUGUGGCGAAUUCUAUUGCACUUAUUGAUAUUAUUAAACCUUAUCAUUUGAAGUACGACAAGAUAAAACUUGAAAAGGCAAGGGAAUUGAUGAAAGAAUGCCAGUCGGGAGAAAAAUUGGAACGUCAAAGAGUUUUCAGACAUAUCACAGACAAAAUCAAACCAGUUCUACAUCAUUUCUUUAUGGAUACAUUUCUCACUCCUGAUGUUUGGUUUGAUAGUAGGAUCGCUUACACGAGAGGAAUUGCAACAACCUCAAUUGUUGGCCAUAUAUUGGGUUUGGGGGAUAGGCACUGUAAUAAUAUCUUAUUGGAUAAAAGUACUGGCGAGCCAAUCCAUAUUGAUCUUGGUGUGGCCUUUGACCAGGGAACUAGAUUGCCCAUCCCAGAAACCGUUCCGUUCAGAUUGACUAGAGACAUAGUUGACGGGUUUGGAAGUACUGGUGUGGAAGGUGUUUUCAAAAGGUCUUGUGAACACACCUUCCGAGUGUUGCAAGAAAACAAGGAGAACAUCUUGUCUAUUCUUGAAGUUUUGAGAUGGGAUCCGUUGUAUUCGUGGUCCAUAUCCCCUAUUCGUAAGAAGAAAUUACAGGAAGAAGGUGGCGGCGUCACUAGUGUAAAGCUUCAAGAAGAUGGUUCUGAAGCUGGCAGAGCAGUUCUUGGUGUGGCCAACAAGUUGGCUGUAGGUGGACUCAGUGUGGAAGCUACAGUAAGAGAAUUGGUACAAGAAGCUUCAAGCCCCGACAAUUUGGCACUUAUAUACUUUGGCUGGUGUCCCUUCUAUUGA